GGUUUGUUAAUGCAAUAAAUUCCUGAUUGCAUGUUUAAUAAGACAGAUUGCGAGUCUGAAUAUUUGCUAUGAGGAAGCAAAAGCAGGAAACAUGCACUAAUCUCUCUGUAAUCCGGAGGUGAAAUUCCAGCUGAACUCAGCACUCAGUCACUUUCUAUGAGCGCUGAUCCUGAAGAGUUAGUUAAGCAGAGAGUUUCCCAGAGUUACGAAACGCCCUCUGACACAGAGCCAGAGCUCGGCGCACUUAAAUAGGGCCCCAGCAGCUCACAGCAGCUCACAGCAGCCACUGAAACUCCAGACUCCAGAGUCUUCACUCCGCCCGCACCACCUCCACCACUACUUCAGUGUCUCCACAGUGUCCAUCAGGAUGAACAGCAGAAUCCUGGGGGUGUGUUUACUUUUGGCCGUCUUCCCUCUGACCGAAGGUAUGAGUAUUCCAGGUAUGGGUGUGGAACCACGGUGCCGCUGCAGUGGAACCGAGAGCAAACGGAUCGGCAGACUGAUAGAGAGCGUGGAACUCUUCCCCCCGAAUCCCCACUGCAAAGAGACAGAGAUCAUAGCGACACUAAAGAACACUGGUCAGGAGAUCUGUCUGGACACCACAGCUCCGUGGGUCAAGAAGGUCAUCGAGAAGAUCAUGGCCAGCCGGUCACCCUGAAGUUGUCGUUUCCUGAGGUUCUCCUGAUCAUUUUUCUGGAAUAGUAUCUGGUGGUUGUUCUUCCUCCAGCUCUGCUAAAGACCAAUAAGAAGGCCAACAUUUGUAAACUGGACUAUUUAUAUCAGUAUUUAUGUAUGUAUUUUAUUUAUAAUUUACAGAAAAGCCAGAAUGAAUGAAAGGUAUUAAAAUAUUUAUGCAUAUGAAGUGUUAUGUACAUAUUUUUCUGUAUUAAUAAUGUCAUAAAGUGCAUCUUCCGAUUCAAUAUGCACACAAUGUUUAUUUUUUUUAAUAAAAAAAAACAUAAAUGAAAA